AUGUGCCUGUCCUAAUAGUUACAAUAAUGUGACUAUUUCCUUGUGGAAUAAAUGAAAAUGAAAUCAUAGAAAGUUAAAAGUAAAAUUUACUUUUUUUCAUUGCUCAAAUAAUUGUAACAAUAGCAUAGGAAUAUUUGCUUUUGCUUGAGAAUAUCCAAUCCAGACAUAUAGUCUAUAACUGCAAAUAUAUAUCUUUUUCAUUGAAGAUGACUACCACUGGUUUUGCUGUUGUUGAGUUUGUCGAGGAAAAGUCAGUUGAGAUAAUUUGUGAAAAAUGGAUAGAGACAUGUGAUGGGGUAAGUAUUGCAAUUUUCAGCAAUUAUAUGUAGCGGUAUGUAUGGGUGAUAAUAAAAGAAACCAUGUUACGUUGAGGAUGUCAUAUAUUUUGCAAAAGAUUGUUAAACAAUAGAACCAGCUCUAUGGUUAGUAUUUUAUAAUGCAAGGUGUCGAUUUUUUAUCUUAGGUUAUGUACAGCUACUGGCCACAGUUAAAUGCAAAAGGAAAAGCUAAAAAAGCUGUGAUCCCCGACAAAGAAUUAUGGAAGAAGUAUAAAAUAAGGGUGCUGUCAUACACAGGUAUUAAUGUAUUUUAGUAUAAUGUAUUUUAGUAUAAAACCAUGUUCUGUUUGCCCAUUCAUGCAGUUAAUCUAUAAAUCUGGUGCAAUAUUUAUUGCUACAAGCAUCAAUUAUUGUGUUGCAAAAUAACAGUAUGUGUACCUGUCUAAAUAUCUGUAUUGUCCGUAUUAGAGAGGUACAACUGUAUUUGAAUUUCAGUCGUUGUACCAUUUUCUAAUGCCUUUUAGAUAAUUUCAAGACAGCUCAAAAGCGGUUAAAAAAGCUGAAGAAACAUCAAAUGUUGAUUCAGAUUCUGAUUCAGAUGGUUGUGUAAGAACAAAGAGGUCAAAACCAAACACCCCAAGAAAGAGAAGUCGACCGGGAAGUUACCAUUAUGCUGAACUGUCGGAAUGUUACGAUGGUAAGUUUCAACCUGUGAGUUUGUUUGAAUAUUUUCCGAUUACAAAAGUCCAGUAGGAUCCUCUAGGAAUUCCAGUAGCAAAUUCAGACUUUUACUUAUACAAUAGACUAAUGACAGUAUUCCUAAAGGAGUUCCUUAAUUAAAACAUAAAAUAUUGUAACUGUACAUGUACUUUAUUCUCUCACAUAAAGGCAAUGAAACAGAUAAUGUGGCACACGAAGAAAAUUUAACACGUCCUGCUCUCACACCACUUCUUCCUGCAGCUCCCAUGUUUCCUGUUACAUCAUCCCCUGGACUAAAUAGAAAUGGAGAUUUCUCAGCUGCCCUUAUAUCGGCGGUUAACACUGUCUUUGAUUCAACACCAAGUGGUGAGAACACUCUGAAAUUGAUUAAUUAGAAGAACGAUCACAGUUCCAUGUUAACACAUUGCAGCUACUGUAACUUUUGAGAUUGCUUUUAUCUUUGCGCAGAUGUAAGCUGUGGUAGUCGUCCCUUACUCUCAAGUAUCCCUUGUACAUCUACCAGUAGUCCAAAUUAUUCAAAUUCUCAAAGACAACAUCAAAGUAAGUUUGAAAAAUCCGUCGUUGCUAUGAUUACAUAGACGCAUUGUCGAAGAGGUUAACAUACACUAUCUUUGAUCCAACUCCGGUUGGUGAGAGCACUUCUGAAUUGAUUGAUUAUAUUAGAACCAAAUCGCAGUUCCAUGUUCACUCAUUGCAACUACUAUAACUUUUGAAAUUGCUUUAUCUUUGCAUAGACGUACUUACCAGCCUGAAUAAUGCGAGCAGUGUUAGUCGUCCAGUUCACCCAAGUAUCCCUUGUACACCUAUCAGUACUCCAAAUUAUUCAAAUUCUUAUAGACAGCAUCAAAGUAAGUUUAAAAAUUUGUGCUUGUUAUGACUACGUAUUAGACGUAUCGACUACACACGUAGAAAUCUCACAUCUGCCAACAAGCUGUCAACAAGAUGUAUUCGCACUGCUUGACACAAGUUGUCAACAGGUUUGGAACAACUUGUUGACAACUUGUAACAACCUUGUCGAAAUGAUCAGACCAGUUGCAAGGUUGUUCUGACAAGUUUGUUACCGGUACAUGCUUAAAAUAAAAAGAUUGCUAAAACCUUGUAACAUCCUUGUUAUAUUAUGGCUGUGACAAACGUGUUAGCACAGUCUUGUAACAGGGCUGAUAAUACCAUCAAGCUUGUUAUAAGUUGUUACGUUAACAGCUUGUUUCACACUUGUUACAACGAAACUGGGAACAAACAUUGCGAACGCAACUUGUUGAACCGACCUGACCGCGUAGCUCAGUUUGCAGAGCAUUGGGCUAGUAUUCCAAUGGUCGUAGGUUCGAAUCCGACCGUGGCCAGGUAUAUUUUUCAAGCCUGCCCGGUGUGGAUACACACUCAGAGUAACAAUCACAUGCAUCUUAUUCACCUGAGUACACUACACCAACACAGCAGUAUCAAAACUUUAACAACUUGUUUGAAGAUUUGUUACAACUUGUGCGUUUUUACGUGUGUAACAGGUUAACAUACUGUAUACAUGCAUGAUCUUUACUUUUAUUUAUUUAUUUAACUUUGCCAAUAAACAUUAAAACACCGAAGAAACAUAUAUGGACAAUGGCAGGGAACACGCUACAGCUUACGCCAAUUACAGCAGCCCUGUACAUAUAAGAUACGACAUCACAAACACAUUAAGCUAAUAACAACACGAUACUUCACAGGACAGAUUACGGGACUUGUUACAGGACAAACAUAUUAAUUUCCAUGUUCUUGGAUCAUCCACGUCGUAGACCGUUUGUAAUGCUACUUUAUAGUACAUAAAAAGUCCAUUUUUUAAUUGACUAAGGAUGGUGUUAUUGCCUGUCAAGUUCUUAGGCAGUACAGGUUUAACACCAGUUUAUAUUUAACACCAGUGUAUUGUAAAUACAGUAGCUUUCUGCAAGCGCAAAUUUAUUUUUUUUCAAAAAUUUCAAACCAAACCACUGUGUAAUUUGUGGUUGCAUGCCCUCAUUGUUAUGCAAUUUAACUAGUACCAUUACCAAUUUUUAGAUGGAUUGAACAAAAGCACAACGAGCCUUAACAAUCAGAAUCCAGUGUUAACACAUAAUGGUAAAUCAAGUUCCACCAGACAAGAUCAACAAGACAGUAAGUUACUAUAUUUGACCACAUUAUUCAUGACCAAGACCAUGAUAUAUUUCAACAGUCCUAUGGUUAUACUUGCUCAUUUUAACUGAAUUGUAACGACAAAGCACCAAAGAAUUGUUUAUAACCGUUAUUUGUUGACAUUCCAUCACUUUCAAGGUAAAAUGUAAACAGAUGCAUUGUGGUUGACAAUGACUCUUUUUAAGUUUGUAUGGCUAGCAUGUUGCCUUUACCCUUUGUCAUAUGCUGCAUAUUUUCCUAUAUUCUUCUAUUUUGCAUAUUCUGUAGUGUGAUUUGCAUUUUGUUUGUAGUUUGUUUUGACUACGCUUAUCUGAUACGCUUUUGUAUUCAUUGAUAUAAAAGCACAGUCGUGUGUUUUCCCGAUUCCCGCUACCGACUCCCAACAAAGGACCUUCGCUCGAGAUCUCUUGUAUAUUUAGGUGCUAUUCAUGCUAUCAAAUUUGGCAUUGAAUGAAAAUUGAUUAGAAAAAAGAAAAACCUUUCUUACAUAACCUUUCUUGCUUUCCAAAUUGAUGGAAUGCAAAAGUAUUAAACCGUACCAACGCUUUGAUAUUUUUUGUUGAAUUAAAUUAGUAAUUGUAUAGUGCUUUUCCAAGUACCCUUUCAGUUACGAAACGCACGUUAUGGAGACUUGCUAAUGGUGAAAUUAUUUGUAGACUUUCAUCGAUGCGUCCUCACGAAACUGGACAUUAUGAUCGAAAAACAGGAUGAAGGUCUUUCUAUUUUGCGGAUGUUACUCGGUGCCACCAGUAAAGCUAUACUGCUAAUACAGAUGUAAUGUUAGAGGACAUAAUUCCAAGUCCAGUCGACUCUGUUGACGAUUUAAAUAAAUUGUCGUCUCGCCUUGACGAUGAUCAAGAAUUUACGAAGAAAAUGGUAAGUAUUCCUACAAAUACUAUUUUCAUUAUCCAAAGUGAAGAACGCUGUACAGAGUAUAUAUAUCUACCGGGUGGGGCAAAACAAGUAGUACGACAGUUUGACAAUAAAGUAUAAUGCAGCUCAAGACAUUAAGUUGUUGCAUGUUGUAUGUAUUAAUAUUCAAUAAGCCAUUUUUAGCUAAUUUUGUCAGUUCCAGAAAUGUUUUCACCUGUUUAAAUGCAUGUAUCUUUGUCAAUAUGGCAUCGAAAUGGGCAUGGCAUGUAUCAGGAUUUAAGUUGGAUAUCGCUGAAUGCCAAUAAACGUGUUUUAGUGCCAUUACUCUUUUAGUUUUUUAGUUCACUUACAGUACAACCACUGUGAAAUUCGACUUCAAUUAUAGUAGAAUAUAAUUCUUUUCUAACAUAUUUAUAUAUUUUAGGCAAAUUUAUUGAAUUUAUUCUUCAUUAAUCAUUAGUGAGUUUUUGAAAUAAUUUAUUAACAAAAUAUGUUUUGUGUAUUUACUGUAGUUACAAUUUAUGGAAGCUCUCUGCGGAAGCAACUGUGGGAUAAGCACUAGGAGAAUUCUUGCGAAAGUUGGCAGUAAUAAUCUGUGGUCUAAUUACAG